GGCUGCCAGCCCGUUUCAGCUGCCUGAGGUGAAGGCGGCCGACAGCCUCGCUCUUUGCCCAAAGGAGAGGGCGAAACCCGAAACGGUGCUUUUCGGCCGUUCAGUUUUAUUAUUUUCUGUGUGUUGGGGGGGGAGAGGUUCCCCCGCUUCCCGUGCGCGUGGGACCCGCGUCUCAGCAUUCCCACGUGCAGCGGUGUGUUCGACGCGGCCUCGGGGCGAGCUCCGCCCAGCCGCUCCUUGAAAAGCGGGUCGCGCGCUCACGGCGCCGGUGGGCGGGGCUCCGGGCUGCCCUUUUACGCGCUUGCGCGCGACGUUGCCGGACGCCCUUUCCUCGUAGACCGAGCUGGUUGUGCUUGCGGCAAGCGCCGCGCGAGAGGGCCUGCCUGGGAAAGGUGAUGCGCCGGGGGAAGCGGGUGCGUGGCCGCGGGGGAGGCCGCCGGGAGAAGGGCUUUUCUCGGGAGGAGGGGCGGGCGGGCGGGCGGGGGUCUCGCGGGCGGCAGCCCCAGAGGGCGCGUGCUCCGUCUGGCUGUGGUCCAGCUCCAUGCAAAUACCGCAUGGUGUCUGCACCCUUUGCAAGGCGCGGAGGUGGCGGCGGCUUCGCGCAGCCUUGCGCUCCAGGCACGCUCGUUCCCUCUCCUCCCAUUCAUUUGCCUACAGAGCUCGCUGGCGGGCGGGGAAAAAAAAAAAAAAAGGUUGUGCGCGAGGUUUUGCAUUAUGCAAUGGGAGAGGCUGGCUCUGGGAACUUGGGGGUGGGCGCUAUCCCGUUUGCAUUGCGGCCCUAAAAGGGCUCUGUCUCUCGCUGCAUGCCCAAAAGGGGCCCUUCGCCCUCGCAAGUCCCUUUCCCCGUUUUUUUCCCUUUGUUAAAAGUCUCUGCGCAUUUCUUGCGCCGCGGUCGAUCUCCUUGUAAGCUUGCCUACGUGACAUUGCUCGGCUUUGACCUUUUCUUUAGGCCGACCAGGGCUUGAGGCGUCCCUUCUCCGCAUAAUGUGGGGUGGGGUGAAGUAAGGGCGGGCGGGCGGGGAAGAUCUCCAGGCUAAUGGGUUGUUUGAGGCGGGGGGGGGGGAAUGCAAUUUGUGGGCUUUGUGCUUUGUAGAGCAGAGCUGAAAUCGUGCUUCUCGACAGGAGGAGGACCUAUUACUGGGGAAUAGGAAAGGCGCUACAGAAAUCUUGUGGGGGGGGGGGGAUGUUUUACCGUUUACCAGUCGGAAGUAUCCGGGGAGAACGUGGGGCAUGUAUGCGCUGCUUUUUGUGUAGUUGCAGGAUCCUGUUGUUAGGGAUAGGGGCCCUUAGGUGAACCUCCAUGGGUUUUGACUGGGGAGGGGAGCUCUACAUGUGCUUGGAGCGCAUGGCUCCAUAUUUCCUGACCUUGAAGGGAUAACUGGGGGCCCAGCAUGCUGGGAAAGGAAGGGGUGAGGCAACAAGCGUGCCCAUUGGCUGUUACUCCUUCUCCCUCGCGGUUUCUGCCCCAGCUUGCUUAUAUAAAGAAGUAACGAUGGGUUAUUACAGGAGGCUCAUUUUUCUUGAUAUUUCUGGGCCCAGGGCCUUUUACUCAUCUUCGUUUCAAUUCUUUGUUCUGCCCACUCAUGUGCUUGUCUGCUGGUGCAGUAUGACUUGCUGCUUUUCCAUUAAUUUUCCUCUUCCUGCCCAGUGCAGAGUUGUUGAAGGCUGCCUUGUUAGGCAUAGUGCCAAAUACAGAGGGAAACCCCUUGGUUUAUUUAGUUUACAUUGACCAGCCAUGGCUCUCCAGGAUUUCGGACAGGAGAUUCCCCCAAAUCUGAUUGAACCUGGAACCUUCUGCAUGCAGAGCAAAAGCUCUACCAGCAAGCUUUAUUUUGAGAACACUUUAAAUGUAUAGCGUGUAUGCAGCCCAAGUUAAAAGGAGCUUCAGAAACAAAUCUUGCUAGAAGAGCUUCUGUAGAGGCUUGUGUCACCACCCUAAAGUACAUCCUUAGGACAUGGUUUGUGUUGCUGUGCAAAUGUGGCGGACCCUUGCAUCACAGGUUAAUUGUGCAGUCAGACCGGUUAAGAAUAGAGGAGAUAGAAGGGAAGUAGUUGCAAUAGUUGAGUGCCUUUAAAUGAAUUCACCCGUGAGUUCCCACAGAAUCCCACCACACAUGUAGGGCAGAGAUGUUUGACUGUUCUGAUGACUUUGUGGCAAGUGGCUGCUACUGCAUGCUAGAACAUUAUUUAAUUCAACAGGACUUCUUUUAAGAAGGCUAGAUUAGGAUUCUUCUGUUAAACAAUUACUUAGAUAGUAAUGGCAGUGUGAUUGAGGUUUUCAUGUUUUCCAGGUGUUUGUUUUUUUUACUGCGUGAAGGUGAAGGGAGGUGACACUAACCUUUGAUCAGCAGAGUGCUUAGCAGCAGCAGCAGCAGCCGUUGAGCAGGGGUGGCAAAUUGUUUUAGUGCUGGUAGGAUCAGGGGUAAAAGGAGGCACUGACGGGGCAGCCUAUAAGGGGUUGAUCCUUAGUGUGGCAGAGGAAGCUCUUAUUUGUUUUACUAGCUAUAAAUGGGGGGGGGGGACAGCCCAUGAAGGGAGGGGUGUUGGGCGGGGCCUCACUGUGAGAGGUGGGUUGGUUUCAUACAUGCACUCUUAACCACAAAACUCUUACCUCAUGGCUUUAAUGGGAGUCUGGGGUGAGAGGCUAAACUGAAGGUGAUUGAAGCCAUCUAUUGCCGACAGAGUGUCUUCCUGAGAGGAUUACUGAGAGGUGAUUUUGAGCACUUUAUAGUAAAUGAUCAAGCAGCUAGGAACUGUCUGCACAUUUUAGUCUAUAUGAAAAAAAAUUGUGCACUUCACUAAUUUUUAUAGCAUUUGGCAUAGUACUGCCAUGUGCUGCCUUCUGAUUAUAUUAUUGUAAAAUAACUGCAUUGGAAGUGUUUUGCAUAUCUGUCUCUGGUUUAUUAUUUGCUUUAGCUAACGGAUAUCAGUUGAUAUGCUUUAAGUAUUUUAUAAUGAAAUGUUAUGAUCCUGUUAUCAAAAUGAAUUAUUUGGAUUUUAUAUCACGUUUUGAAAUGAAUUAGCAUUUAGAUAGUUAUAGUUACAAUAUAUUGAUUUGCAUUUUUUUGUGCUUGAGAUAUUUUAUGCACUGUAGAAAGAAGCAGGCUAGAAAUUGAAAUAAUAAAUACGUAUUUUAUAAAUAAAAAUGGGGUGUAUAGUCUGGUUGACAGUACAGUUACGCUGAACAGAUCAAUGCUUCCCAUGUACAUGAAGGUUCAUGGUGAGUUGACUUGUUUAGGACAGUUUCAACAAGCAGUUUGUGCCACCUAGUCAGUGGUUUAGCUUUCUGGCACACCUUGGGCUCUGCCAUUCAUGGUGCCCUGCAGAUACUGAAAUGAACACUUAGCCACCAAUGGAAAGCCUUGGCAGUGAGCUGGUGACACACCUAGUGCUACUGUAAACAUUAGUUUGUGAAGUUAUAGGUAAAGUAUAUCUAUUACUUUUCUGCCUUGCCAUGAAUGAAAAUAUGUUCUAAGAGUUCUAGAACUCUUGCUUUAUUCAUUGUGCUGAAGACUCCUUGACUGCUAUAGUAGUGCAAGGUAUGGUGAGAUUAAAUCAGGCCAAACUGGCUUGUUUGACUCCUUCAUAAACUGUUAGAACAAACUGGUAAUUCCAGCAUAUUGCAACUGCAGUGUUUCUGGCAAUCCUAGAACCUACUCAAACAAGCUAAAUAAGGCAGUGUGCUGAACCAGUUUGUGAAUGAAAUACUGUAGAACUUUAUUACUUUACGUUGAGAGUAGUUCCAGAUUCUUUCUAGCUCAACUUCCUGUGACAGAAUAUUAAGACAGUAGAGCACAAGUGCAAUUAAAAUAUUAAUUAUGUGGUCCUCCACAUGUUGGACUCAACAGCCCCAGCCAGCCUGGGCAGUUGUCAGGGAUAAUGGGAGUCGCUGUCCAACAAUAUCCAGAGGACUACAGGUUCUUCAUCACUACUUUAGGUAGAUGCUUGGAAUGUGGAUGUGUAAUAACUUAAAAGUUUAGCCUGAGGUUUGCCACUUCUGUAAGCUGUUUCUGGUUUGGUGUUUAAUGGAGCUGUGUGCUUGUUGAUCCACUUCAGUAGCUGCAAGCAUUUAACACCUACCUAACGGGGCCACCGGUGUAAAAGGUGAUUCUGUGUACCCUAGUAUUCCUGAAGCCGAAGUUUGAAAGGGACAUAUCAGUUGCCUCCUUCUGUGGAAGACUCAUUGCUUUCUACAGAAAGGUGGAGUUCGUUUGCUUGCUAUCUAAGUGCAUAGCAGCUUACCCAGUUUUCCUCGAAGUGGUUAUCUUCUCUGGCCAGGCUAUGGGAUCAUUUGCGGAUGUGUAAUAGCCAGAGAUAGACUGUGGCUAAGCUUGACUCCUGAGCUUCAUGUAACUCCAAACACAGUAUAUAUGUAUGCUUGGCACAUUUUCACAACCGAGAGACUGGCCAUUCUGCCAUGUAUUGGGACUUCUGGGGGCUGCUUCUUGCUUGAUGUGUUGGAUACAGCAUAAAGACAUGCACCUUGCAUCAGUUCUGAAGGUGCACGUGAACUCAUAUUUCUAUUAGUUCAAAGAAGUAAAAUAGCUGCUGCCGAAAUCUUACACCUUAUAUAUUUUGCCAAGAAAAGAAGCUGCUUGGAAACACUAUUCAGAACGGGUGCUGGCAUUUAGAACUUUAGCAUCUACCUAAAUAUAAAAUGUCAAGAUCUGAGGAAGCUUGGAAAGUCUGUGUUCAGGGACUGAUUGAAGAUCAAAUCUUGUUGGGAGGAUUGGAGGUAAUAAACUAAUCUGAGCCACUUGAUCCAACUGAAUGAAGAGCUUGGCCUGAUAAGGAUAAAUCUGGGUGUAGGUUUGAGUCUUUUUACAGGUAAUAGAGCUUCAGUUUAGUUUUAUGUGCAUGCUGCCUUUCUGCAGUGGACCAUCCAGGAAGUAUUUCACAAUAGGCAUCAAAAUACAGCAUUGAAACAUCCCAUGUCGCUAACCCAGAAAUAGUACCUCGGGUUAAGAACUUUGCUUCAGGAUGAGAACAGAAAUCACACGGCAGCAGUGGGAGGCCCCAUUAGCUAAAGUGGUGUCUCAGGUUAAGAACAGACCGCCAGAACGAAUUUAGUUCUUAACCCCGAGGUACCACUGUAUUACAAUUAUUUAUACCGUUCCACUCAUUAUACAGUCCUUUCAAAGCAGAUUACAGGAGUCAUUCAAAUACAUUUAGUGGUUUUUAAAAAGGCUUUCCUACAGGAUAGUUGGUGGUAGUGGUAAGAAAGAGAAAGUCCAGCUGGAUAGGUUCUUGAGAUUGCUUACUAACCAAUUCACACCUCAUAUGUAGCAAUCAACAAGCCAGAUCAACAAUAAUUUAUUUGUAUGCCGCCCAUCUGACUGUGUUGCCCUAGCCACUCUGGGCAGCUCCCAACAAAAAAUAGUAAAAACUCAAGACAUGACAUACUAAAAAGGAAAAACCUCUCACCUCAACCAUGACUACAGCUGCAGUUAUUGCCGACCAAGAAAAUUGGCAUGCAAAAGCAUAGCAGUGGCAUGCGGGAUAAAGUAGCUGUAUUGCUGAACGCCAGCAAAAGAUUACUAGUUAGGGCUUCUGUGAAGAUUUUUCAUCCUUAAGCUCCCCUUUCCACCCCUAAAAUAACUCGGUGAAAUCUGCGCAUAGACUUCAUGCCAAGCUUACAUAGGAACUCUAAACAACAGUUUCUAAAUGUAGAUGUGUUAAAGGUCAUCUACUCUGUAUGUGACAGGUGAAGCCUGUCACAAAGAAAGUCCUUGAAAGUAGCGGGCAUGGCUGCAGAACUGAGCUACUCAGGACAAAAUUUCCAUCCUGCCAUGUGAAUUAUACUUGUUAUAAAUAUAUAUGUAUAUAUUAUUAAUUUUCCAAAAACUAUACAUAUUCAAACAUAAAGAAAAGAGUUGACUUCCCCUUAGUCCCAUCCCUGGUUCCGUUGUUUAUCAUCAUACUGCAUGUCCAUUUUUAAAUUAAAAAGUGAUUGAAAUUAAUUAAUUGUCCAUUCAUUUAAAAGGGAUGCGGGUGGCGCUGUGGUCUAAACCACAGCCUCUUGGACUUGCCGAUCAGAAGGUCAGCGGUUUGAAUCCCCACAAUGGGGUGAGCUCCCAUUGCUCGGUCCCAGCUUCUGCCAACCUAGCAAUUCGAAAGCACGCCAAAAAGUGCAAGUAGAGAAAUAGGCACCAAUCUGGCGGGAAGGUAAAUGGUGUUUCUGUGCGCUGCUCUGGUUCUGCCAGAAGUGGCUUAGUCAUGCUGGCCACAUGACCCGGAAAACUGGACAAACGCCGGCUUCCUCGGCCUGUAAAGCAAGAUGAGCACCACAACCCCAGAGUCGUCCGCGACUGGACUUAACUGUCAGGGGUCCUUUUAAUGUCCUUACUAGUACUUGAAUUAGAGUAGUAAUUAAUUCCCGAGUUGCAUCUUGUUUACAAAAGGUGCAGCUUUUAAGUUCAGAUGGCACUGUUGCAUGGCUUCAAUAGUUGCCUGGUGUCCUGUGGCAUCUCUGGUAAUGGGUGCUAGCUAGGGCCACUGCUUGUGGCAGCUGCCAGUGUGUCCUCUUUCUGCAGGAAGUGCAUCACUGACAGUGGGUAACAGGUGGUAAGUGAGCCAGGUAGCCAUGUUGGAAAGCUACCUACUAGCUGGUGUUUAUAAAUGCCAUUUCCUAAUACUAUGUGGCUCAAUAAAGAUAGAAUGGAGUACAGUGCACCUGUAUAUCAAAGUGUUGCAGAUAAUCUGUCCGUGUGGUUGUAGAGGCCUCUAGUGGUGACUGCCGCUUUUAGUUUUGAUGGGAAGAGCUCUUGUGCCUUAUAGAUGUGGCUUUUACUGUCCUAAUGAAGACCUUGCUUUGCUAAAAUGUCUUCAAACAUCUGUGUUUCAGUUAAGUACCUGAAGGAGUGACCAGCUAUGGAUCAUGCUAGGAAAGCAAUAUUUAACAUGGUAAGGAUGAUCAAACUGCAUUAUCAGGUUUACUCAAAUAAUAAAAAUUCCCUGGCCAAAACCUUGAUGCACCACUUAGUCCCUGUCUUUACAUGUAGCUUGGUCUGCAAAAGCUGUUCCAGCAUGCAGAAUUGGACCUGAAUGGCACUCUUAAUUAUGGGGAUGCUGUUCUGGCUUCCCAGGUGGUGCUAAGCUGUAGUUCCCACCAUUCUUGAUGAUUGGCCAUGCAGGCUGGAGAUAAUGGGGACAGGGGGGCCACUGGCUAUCUACCCCACUUUGUCACAGAGAACUGUAGGUAGCCAGUUGUCCAAUGGAAACAAGUAUUUGUGCUUGUACGUGCCUGAAGUAGCUCCUCAACUGCUGAGCUUAAAUCUAAGCCUUCCCAUGUAGAUUGGUCCUUAGGCCUAGAGACGCAUGGGUUAAUUAUGACCACAGUUAUGAAUGAGCAGGGUCAUGUCUAUGUAAAUGCUUUGGACUGAUUAUGUCAUGUUCGUUAAUCUCAUAAGCCCAGAUAGGUUUAUGUUCUGCAGCAUCUAACUUGGGAAUCGAAAAUACUGCAUGCUGUCCUACCCCCCCACCCCAAUUUUAUUUUUAAGCCAAGUAUGUGAGACCUUGCUUUGGAUGUCAUGUUGUUUUAUAUAUUUCUGCCUCCUUUCCUUGAUUCAGUCGAGAUAUACAGUAGGGAAAGAACAGCCAGACUUAUUCAUAUUCAUAUAUGUACCAGAUUUUAUUCCAAUCUCAGAUAUUCAAUUAUUACAAAUAAUUUGCAGCAAGGCUAUUAUAUUAGCAGACGGCAGCAAAAGCAAUCUUGAAAGUUCAGCAAACUUGUUAUGGCAUAAUUUUUUGUGAACUACAUUCCUUUUCAUCAGAUGAAGUCAACCACAGCCUGCAAAUUCUUAGGCCAUAAUAAAUGUGUUAGAUUUUAAAAUGCCAUAAAGCUGUUUUACACUCUGAAGUUCUAAUCAGGUGAGUGGAAUUAAAGGCCUCUAUUUGUGUUAUCAGUACCAACAAAUGAGCUUGACUUUUUGGUGUCUUUAAUAUUAGCACUCUUCAUUCAUCUCUGAUGAAUUCUUUUUUUCUAUCUAGUUUGGAGGAGAGCCGCUCUCGUACACCCGCUUCAGUCUGUCUCGACAGCCAGAUGGAGACAACAGUCAUGUGGAAAUGAAACUGUCUGCUGAAGAUGAGGAAGGUAUUGAAAAUGGAGGAAUUGACCAUCUUCAUACCCGACCAAUAAAACCAAGGAACAACAAUCGACACCUCUGCUGUGUACUUACUGGGGCAGCUCUCCUUUUCCUUAUAGGUAAGAUGAAUAGGUGAGAAGUAAAGAGCAAUUUGUGGGUUUUUUUGGUAUCUUCCAAGGCACACUGAAUAAUGCAUUCCCUCCGGUAGGCACAAUUCAGCAGUGUUUCCUAGAAAAUAAACUUGGUGUAUUAAAAGUUAAAAUGGUGCCACAUGGGUAUUAGAUCUUCUAGGGAGGAUUUACUUAUGGACAUAUACAGGAGUAUCUUCAUUACAGGAAAAUAAAGAAAAAAUGAUGCAGCAAUGGUAUCAAACCACAGGAAUAGUCAUAGACUUUAAAAAACCCACCCUGAUCUCUGCUGGAAUUGUAAAAAAAGUAAGAGGGGAAUUUUGUCCAUUGGUGGUGCUCCCGUGAACAUGCUAGAAGUUCCUCUGAAUUUUGAAUUUCUUAGGUUUGCAUAUGUAAAGCCAGCAUCUAUUCAUCAACUAUUUCAAUUUUACAAAGUCUGGAAUACUGUACAGUUGUACCUUGGUUUUCAAACUUAAUCUGUUCCAGAAGUCCAUUCGAAAAGCAAGGUGCGGUUUCCCACAGAAAGUAAUGCAAAAUGGAUUAAUCCAUUCCAGACUUUUAAAAACAACCCCUAGAACAGCAGUUUAACAUGAAUUUUUCUAUUUAACGAGACCAGUGAUCCAUAAAAUAAAAGCAAACAAUGUACUUCAGUCACACAGUCAAUCAGUAGCUGAACUGGGUUCCACACAAUCACACACAAAAAAGAGCCACAAAAAGGCAAAAUAAAUAGCAAAAACAGACAGACCUCAGUGUAACACUCAAACGGAAGUGUGGCACUCAAAUUGUCAGCAUAACACUCAAAAUGAAAGUGUAACACUCAGUGGAGCACGUUUGGUUUCUGAAAAGUUCGCAAACUGGAACACUGCAGUGUUUGGGUUCCAAGUUGUUUGAGUACCAAGGCGUUUGAAAACCAAGUUACCACUGUAUUUGUGUAUAGCAUAUUGCAUUUUAUUUUGUACAGUGGUACCUUGGGUUACAGACUCUUCUAACCCAGAAAUAGUACCUCGGGUUAAUAACUUUGCUUCAGGAUGAGAACAGAAAUUGUGGUGCGGCGGCAGCAGGAGGCCCCAUUAGCUAAAGUGGUACCUCAGGUUAAGAACAGUUUGAGGUUAAAAACGGACCUCCGGAACGAAUUAACCCGAGGUACCACUGUAUUGGUUUUUGAUUUGUAAACCACCUUGAGGUUUGUUUGUUUUUAAGAAAGGUGGUAUAUAAACUAAGUCCAAUGAAUAAAUCUACACAAACAGGAUUCCUGAUUGGCUAUCUGAGUUUCCGUGGAAGGAUACAGGCAAUGAAAAGUGAAGAUGGUGUUGAAGCAUGCCAUGGCUAUCAAUGCUCAACCGAGCCUGAAGAUGACACACCGGAACCAGAACCUGUGCUAUACUGGAGUGACCUUAAAAGCAAGUUGUCGUCCAGGCUGCGCUCUGCAGGUUUCAGAGAGAAAAUUGAGUAAGCUUUUUUAGAAACCUUCUCAAAAAUCCUUUCUAAAAGAGCAUUUCAGUAGACUCAAAAUAAUGGCUGGCUGCAAUGCUUGGCUUCUGGAAACAUAACUUAACUGGAAUACCUAUGUGUUCAGGUUCGGUCAGAAAGAUGCUGGCAGUCCAGGAGAUGAGAACCUAGCCAAUAUCAUUCAUCAAGAGUUUGAGAAUUCCAACUUGGAUAAAGUCUGGAAUGAUGAGCACUACGUCAGGCUGCAGACCCCAGGGUAUGUGCUUCUUCAGUUCUUCAUAUCAGAGCUCCUCUGGUCGGUCUCAAACAUUAGAGCUGAUUCUAUAUGAAGCUGUCAACAAGGUCUCUGCAGUAUAACUUGGUUGGCAGAUCUUCUGAGAAUUAACCCAAUGUGGAAAGCCAAAAUACAGGAAGUGAAUAUUCACAUAUUAGAAAAGAACAGGCUUCCUAUCUAGUAAGGUCCAGGUUCAAAUUGAUCUUAAGGCUGUGAUUUCUGCUGUUGUCCUCCUGGUCCUAGGGUAGUGGUCACAGGGUUAGCUGUAACCAGUAAAAACUAGCACAGGCUUGCAUUUCAAAGCUCCCCAAAGAGUGAUAGUUAGAUGGUCCAGGAUAUGUGCAGCCCUUAGUUGUGUAACUGGGACUAAAAACAUUUUAAAAUUCUGUGUUAACGCUCUGAUUGACUGCUGUUAUUCUUCUUUCUUAGAUCUCCGAAUGUAGUUUCCCUGGAACAGCCAAGUGAAACUUUGGAGACUCCUCAAGCUUAUGUAGCAUACAGUGAAAGUGGAAAGGUUUCUGUAAGUUGGCUUGGCUUGUUAGGUACCUGAAGUUCUGCUUUCAACGUAGUGGCAUGCUAGUUUGUACAUUAAGUAAAACUUGCUUUGGCCAGUAAGCUGGUUUGCAAUGGUCUAGACCAGGCACCCCCAACCUUUGGCCCUCCAGAUGUUUUGGACUACAAUUCCCAUCAUCCCUGACCACUGGUCCUGUUACCUAGGGAUCAUGGGAGUUGUAGGCCAAAACAUCUGGAGGGCCACAGGUUGGGGAUGCCUGGUCCAGACCCAUGGCUCCCAAUGUGGGGCACAUGCCCUACAGGGGGGCAGUUUGAUUUUUAAGAAGGGCAAUUCGAGAAUGAGUUAUUUACAGUUAAUGGCCUUUUAGGCUUCCUCCACAUGAACCGUUCACUUUUUGAAUAAUAAGAAUUAUAUGUUGGGUGGGGGGCAUCAGGAUUUUAGAGAUGUUUAGGUGGGGCAUGGCCAAAAAAACGGUUUGGGAAACACUGGUCUAGACUUAACUCGAUGUGUUACCUGAAAACAAAACUUCAUCUUUAAUGUCGCCUAUAUAAGUCAAUGGGCAUGUGUAGCGUGUAGAACACUAGCCCUAACUCACGUGAAGAAGUGGAUACAAUCAAGUAAGGUCUCCAGGCCUUAGAAAAUAUUCCAAGCACUGUUGGGCCAGGGGUUGGACCUCAUGCUCUGCUUAGACAAUUGGUUGGCUACAUUUUCUCAGUCAUGCUGCCUGAGAUGCUUUAAGAUCUCUGGGGAUGAAACAGGAACCGUUCUUCAUCGUAGCUCAGGAAGGUGUCUCUAGUGUGAAAUCUUGUGGUCUGCUUGAAAGGAGAUGCAGCAAGAUUAGUUUGCCGCUUAAUUGCUCUUUUAUAGGGAAAACCUGUUUAUGCCAACUAUGGGCGCAAUGAAGAUUUCUAUCAACUGCUGCAGAAAAAUGUCAACUUAACUGGAACAGUGAUCCUUGUGAGAGCUGGAGAAAUUGCUUUUUCUGAAAAAGUAAGUUUUCUGCUCUUAAGACAAGACCAGUAAAGAUGCUGCAUGAUAAAGGAAUUUGUAGGGAGCCUGUGGUGGCUCUUCCAGUUCCCUGUUCAACUCCCAUCUCUUUUGCACGUGUCACGAAUGCUCAGGACUCACAAGCUGGCACUGUCUCCAGAAUGGACAUGCAACAGACGCCAUCCUCUGAGCCAAAUUGAACUCUAUGAUCUACCUGGUGCUUCCCAGGUCAUUCUUGUGCUCUGCAAAAAAAAACCAGUCUGGCUACUAAAUAAAAGCAUAUGUGCCACUAUGGCUGUGAAUGGACAGAAGCAUGGGAAAAUGACUACAUGGUGGGCUGUAGAGCUUUUACAGAUACUGGGCAAUGGUCACAGUGGAAUGGCUCUACUAAUUGACCAGUUCCAUUUAAUAUUUUACUGUUUUCUUUGGCACAAACCUGCUAAUAAAUAUGCUAAAUGCCUCCUCCUCCUAGGUGGCAAAUGCCAAGAAGAUGGGUGCUGUAGGAGUCUUGAUAUAUCCAGAUCCAGCUGACUAUGCAGAACUUGGAGAGAGCUAUUCCCAAUUUGGACACGUGAGUGGUUUCCUAUACCUCCUUGGGUGAAUGUGGGUGCCUCUUCUGCAGGCUUCCUAGAUGGAUUCUGGAGCCUGCCUAGCACAGCAAAUGAAAGACAAAGACAAAUAGCUUCCUCUUGAGCAAACAGAGGCGUAAUCCCACCCUUUUAACUUGUGAAUGCCCUGAAAUAGACCUGUUUGAACUGCUUUUUGGUCUCCAUUUUUCAUAUAAUUCUUGGAUUUUGCCUUGGCAGGCUCAUCUUGGGACAGGAGACCCUUUUACUCCUGGAUUUCCGUCUUUCAACCAUACUCAGUUUCCCCCAGUUGAAUCCUCAGGCCUCCCACGCAUUCCAGUACAAACUAUUUCAAGCUCUGCUGCAAUAAAAAUAUUCAGGUAAACAAACUCUCCCUUCAAGCUAAUGAUAGUCAGUACCCUUUCUCAAGAGCUACUGUUACCAGAUUUAAGGAUGAUAUGCAGUUUUUUUUAAAAAAAACCCAAAUCAGAGCAGCCGCCCCCCCAAAAAAACCCCUCACCUUCAAAAACAGAUGGAAGUUUACUGGAUUAAAGCUGCUAUAAUGCCUGGCAAAAAUGUGUUUGCCUGGCACCUGAAUGAUAGCAAUGCCCCCAUAUUCCCAGCUAGGAAUUCCUACAACAUAGCAGCAUUUGGGGGAGAGGGACAGCCUCCUUCCUGACAAGUUACUCCUUGCACUCUGCUAGGCAGAAGCUGUAAUGCUCUGUAGCUGAUUGGAAGUAGGUGCCUCCCUAUAGUCCAAAGCUGCUGACUGUGAUGUGAGGAAGUUUUGUGCUUUCUAGGAGCUAUCUCUGGUUGCCUCUACCAGUAGAAAUAAACAGUGUGUUAGGCCCAGUAAAGCUGCUUGCUGAAUUCCUUUUGUGCUUUAAAUCACCAAGAGUCCAGAAUUUGGCUAUUAGGACUGUCAUUUCAGGAGGACCUUGGUAGGAGGCGCUGUGUGCUUCAAAUAACUAGUUUUCCCUCUUUUCAGCGCUAUGAAUGAGCCAGACUGUCCAAAUCCAUGGAAAGGAGAUCUCCCUGUUUACAAGCUUCGGUCAGAUUCUCAUGGAAGAAGUGUGACGCUGCAGGUGAACAAUGAGCUUGUGGAAAAGAAAAUCCUAAACAUCUUUGGUGUGAUCAAAGGCUUUGAGGAUCAAGGUAAAAGCUUUGCCAAUCUGUUGCAGAUGUAAAAGGGAAGGAUUAAUAAUAAUAAAUUUUAUUUAUAUCCCGCCCUCCCCAGCCGAAGCCGGGCUCAGGGCGGCUAACAACACUAAAAUAGUGCAACAUUAUAAAAACAUUAUAAAAAUUAAUUAAAGUCAAAAUUGAUGGCAACCAUAAACUAAAGUUUUGUAAAGAUUGCCAAAGGAGGGAGUCAGGCUGCGCCCUGACCAAAGGCCUGGUGGAACAGCUCUGUCUUGCAGGCCCUGCGGAAAGAUGUCAAGUCCUGCAGGGCCCUUGUCUCUUGUGACAGAGCGUUCCACCAGGUUGGAGCUGCAGCCGAAAAAGCCCAGGCUCUAGUUGAGGCCAGCCUAACCUCUCUGUGGCCUGGGACCUUCAAGAUGUUUUUAUUUGAAGACCGUAAGUUCCUCUGUGGGGCAUACCAGGAGAGGCGGUCCCGUAGGUACGAGGGUCCUAGGCCGUAUAGGGCUUUGAAGGUUAAAACUAGCACCUUAAACCUGAUCCUGUACUCCACCGGGAGCCAGAGCAGCUGGUAUAGCACCGGAUGAAUGUGAUCUCGCAGCAAAGACCCCUUAGUUCAUUUCUUACCAUUUCGUGAUUCAGAGCUCCCUCAUGGCAUUGGGAGGGAUCUUGAUGGGCAUUUGGCCUACUCCCUACUCUGCAAGUGAUCUACAGAGAUGCUGUGUGGGCAGCAUGCCAGACUACUUGCCCAGCCUGUGUUCAAUAACAGAGCACAGUCCAGACUCACAGGAUGAUGAUACCUGUAAUGGAAAUACUGCAAGAUGGCUAACAUGAAGCAGCCUAGCAAGAUGCUCCAUUGAAUGCAUGAUGCCUGUUUGGUAGUGAAAUAGAUGGCUAAGAGAUACUGAAACGCAUCCACACAUUGCAGUUUGGUGCUGUUGAGCAGAAGAAGGUUGUGGCUGCAUAAUAUACUAGGAUAAUGGCAUAGGCUAGUCCCCAAGUCUUCAGCUGACUUAGUUGCAAGGAACUGGUGUGCAUCAUAACACAGUGUGUGUUAAGCAUACCCUUAGUUCUCCAUCCUGCGAUUCUGAUAGAGGCUCUAACGGUUGAUCCCUGUCUUGCAGAUCGGUAUGUAGUCAUUGGAGCCCAGCGUGAUUCCUGGGGGCCUGGGGUCGUAAAGGCUGGUGUAGGAACCAGCCUGCUUCGGCAGCUUGCCAAAGCACUCUCUGACAUCGUGAAACUUGGUAAGGAGAUUGGCACUGAGCGUCUACAAAAGGGAUUCUUCGGCAUGAAUAUAGAGCUGGAUACAGUAGUUGUCCCCUCUCCUCUUUGCAGAUGGGUACAAGCCUCGCCGGAGUAUUGUGUUUGCCAGUUGGAGUGCUGGAGCCUUUGGAGCUGUCGGUGCCACAGAAUGGCUGGAGGUAAGUUCGGCUCCAAUGUAUUGGUCAGUUCAGAACAGCCAAAUCACGCAAAUAGCUAAUUGCUGCUGUUCCUUUACUCUCUUCAGGGCUAUUCCUCAUCUCUCCACAUGAAGGCGGUUGCGUAUAUCAACUUGGAUGCAGCAGUUUCGGGUAAUUGUCAUUAAAGAUUGCAUGUGAUAGAGGGCGUUCCCUGUAAAUUUAAUACUGUAAAUGUGAUUUGAUGAUUAAGUUGGAUAAUAUAAACUGGAUAAAUGUGUACAACAGAUUUGUCCAAAACAAUCUUAAGAAGGGUGAGUGUGUUUGCGUUACACAUAAAAAAUAAACAAUCCUGGUCAUUUUCUAGACUAGACUGGCGCAAAAGACUGAGGGCACUAAACUCUUGGUUUCUUCUGCUCAUUGGACUAAAAACACACUUUGAGGCUAAACUUCCCUUGGAGAUCUUUGCCACUUUGAUUUACUGAAAUUCAGCCACUUGGGGUAGGGGCUGUGGCCUUUAACUGUUCCAUAGAAUUAACUUCCAUAAGAGCCUAAGAAGAGUCUGCUGGAUCAGGCCAGUGUCCCAUCUAAUCCAGCAUCCCAUGUAGAGAAAAUGCAGGUGGAAAAGACAUUGGAAGUUGUAAGAUGAAAACCUACAAAUGCUCCUGCUACAACCUCAUUAUUAUGGGAGCAUCAUGCAAAAAUCCUGUGGGACAUGAAUCUUGUCCCUUACAGUCACAUCAGAGUUGCACCCUCCUUACUCCCUUAAGGUAUUAGUUGAGAAGCAUUUAGUGUCCUUGUUUCUUAUUUUUUUGCAAAAAGGAAAAAACUCAGCUUCCUUGCACCUGAGGUAUGUAACUAGUGCUUGCAGGUAAACACCACCUCUCCAUCCCAAAGGCUGAUAAUGAUGAUGUACUUCGUUGAAAUUAAAAUGGAAGUGUAUAUGUAUAGCCACAGUCCAUAGCUGCACUGCAGAUCAUCAGUCCAUCUCAGUAGGCCUUGAACUAAUACUUUUAAAUUGUACCCCACAGGCUCGAAGGACUUCAGGUUCUCUGCCAGCCCCAUGUUGAAAAGGUUGUUGGAAGACGCAGUCACAGGAGUGAGUAUCGUCUCUUGAAAGUUCCAGGCAGUGACCUGGAGAAGCUGAACCAUAAACUUGGUACUGGGGCCAUGUUCUGUUCCCCCGCACAGAGGGUCUUCAUCAAAAGCUUGAGAAACACUCCACAGCCAUAUGUAUGAGUCUUGCUACCUCAAGCUCUUUGAUGGCAAAAGUGGCUGGGAAUACCUGUCGAUAACAAAGCAUCCUUCAGAAUUUUGCAGAACACUAGAGUCUUUAGACGAAGGGGUGGAAGACUGUACUUUAUCAGGAGAAGGUUUUAUUGAAAUGUGCAUCUUUUAUUCACUUUUAGAUUACUGUGUCGUCAACUGAUCUUCGUUCCACUUUGGCCAGAAAAGAGUAAGUAUCGUUACAGACGGGUGGCUGCGGUGGGAAAUCCUUUUGGUCCUGGUAGUAUAACGUAAGGUUACCAGACAUCCCCGUUUCCCAGGAACAUUCCCCAGAUUUACAAAUCAGUCCCCAUACAAAAUCCAUUGAAGUUGAAAAGUGUCCCCGGAUUCAUUGAAAAAUAUCUGGUAACCUUAGUAUAACGACCUGUAGUACCUGCUCUGUUCCAUCCGCAGCAGAUGGGCAUCAGUUUUGCUUCUUCUGCCCAUCUCCAAGGCUGCCUUGAGAUCUGGCAUAAAAAAAGAUGUCAGUUUAAAUCAUCAGAACAUUGGUCUUACCUUGCCAGUGCUUUUUCUUGGGUAACAGGGCAGGCAUAAGACAAUAACUUGGUUGUCGAAUGCUUUGGUACAUGUACAUUUCGGCUCCCGAACAAUUCAAACCUGGAAGUGAAUGUUCCGGUUUUUGAACUUUUUUUGGGGAAGCCAAUUGUCCGACUGGGCUUCCACAAUUGUUUCCGGCGCGCCUGCGCAAGCGGAAGCCGUGCCUUGGGUUUCCGAAUGUUUUGGAAGUCAAACGGACUUCCAGGAUGCAUUCUGUUCAAAAACCAAGGUACAACUGUACAAACUUUUGCAACCCAAAAAGCGAGAAAUAGGCUCUUACCAAAAGCUAGAAAUGUGCUCUCAGCAAAAGCUGAACUGUGUGUCAUGUGUACCUUGCAGUGACCUUGGGAUUCUGUUUGGCUUUUCUAACCUCUGUUGAAGUAUAUGACUCUUCAAUGCUGAGCACAGCAGCUGAAAACUUCUCCUUUUGCAGGGUCCCGUUUCGUAUUGAUGACGCAGCCUUUCCUUUUCUGUCCUACUCGGGGAUACCAUCUAUUUCAUUCCAGUUCUGUAAUGUAAGUUGGUUAAUGCUGUUCUGCUUUCCUGGCCCAAGCUCAUCUAUGUGCUACCUCUUGAAAAUUAUCUAUUGGCCACAGCAGGGCACAAUACCUACUCUUGGGAGAAUUGGACUGGAGCAGUCAGUUAUGCAGAAGGCCCAUUCAGAUUUUAAAAUGUAAGCCAAAUCAUGGAGACAGGUUGCAACCACCUCCUGAAUUUGACCCUUCACUGGCUUGCAUCCUAGACCUCAUUUGUUGAGAGCCACCCCGAGGAAUUAGGAAGAAAAGUAAUUGUUUGGUACUUUGUGACACGCCGUUGGACCUAAUAAAAAUACCCUGCCCCUGCAGCUUUUCUUUUACUUUUGCAGUGGUACUUCGGGUUACAUACGCUUCAGGUUACAGACUCCGCUAACCCAGAAAUAGUACCUUGGGUUAAGAACUUUGCUUCAUGAUGAGAACAGAAAUCGUGCUCUGGCAGUGCUGCGGCAGCAGGAGGCCCCAUUAGCUAAAGUGGUGCUUCAGGUUAAGAACAGUUUCAGGUUAAGAACGGACCUCCAGAACGAAUUAAGUUCUUAACCCGAGGUACCACUGUAAUUUACAAGAACCUGCAAUUUUCUGUCUUCUGAAUGUGGAAGACUUGCUAGGACAAUGUGAAGUAUUUCAAAUAGAUGAGAGAAACAAUUUGGGAAGUGUGGAGCACCAGGCAAAGAAUCUUACUCUGUUUACUUCUUGCAGAAUGGGAAAGAGUAUCCCUUCCUUGACACCCAAUUAGACAAUCUGGGCAGCCUGAUGGGGCGUUUCAGCGCCCCCUAUGAAGCGGAAAGUACAAUCCGCAAAGCAGCUGAAAUCGCUGGCCGUAUAGCUCUGAGGAUGACGCAUGACCACGAACUGUACCUGGACUACGAGAGCUACAAUAACAAGCUGCGUGACUUUAUAGGGAAGAUAAUUCCAUACCGGAAAGAGAUGCAGGUAGUGCAAAAUAACCAAGAGGUGCUGGGAAAGUGGGGUUUUGUUUCACGUUUGCAGUGGCGUGCCUGGUCUUGCGGCAGUGCUUGUGGUGUUCACAGUGGUUUCUUGCAAUGUAAAUGCUUCUGGCACUGGGUAGGGUUAAUGGAGACAAAUGUCUAUAGGGAUAGAUGUUCAUCUGUAGUGGAUCAGUGGGGGCCACCAACAGUAGGUUGCAUUGUUUGGGCCCUAACAGGAGAGCUGCUGUUCAGGACUCCAUCCUGGAUUAAGGCCCUUGUAGUGUUCAGCACAGGAGGGGAGGAUUCCUAAAGGAGCAUAAGGGAGAAAAUUGUUCUUUUACCACCCAUUUCAAAUAUUGCAUAAAAGACUUGCCUACUGUCUUUGCUUGCAGAAUAUGGGCUUGGGCCAACAGUGGCUGAUGGUUGCCCGUGGAGACUUCAACCGAGCUACAAGCACGCUGACACAAGAUAUCAGAAACACCGACCUCACCAACAGGGCUGCUUGUCGUGCUUUGAAUGACAGGAUCAUGAAAGUGAGUUGUUUCCCUUCCUCCCCAAAGGGGUGAGAAUCUUAAGGGAGCCUUUUCUGAGAGAUUUUGUAAACCCUGGUGGAGUGAAUAGCAGAAGAACCUGAUGACCUGUUGGAAUCUGAUCAGUCCCUGUGCAAAUUACAAUGACAAGGCUAAGGGCCCAAAUCCGUGAUUACCAUAAGCUAGGAGUAGUCAACUCUGUAUAUGGUCCCUCUGGUCUAAUCAGCUAGUAGUCUAGAAUCCAUUAAUAUUGAUCAUCUUUCUUUGUUGUAGAAUGUAGGUAGAAAUAUAGAUAUAUAAAAGAACACAAAUUGUCACUGCAUCUUUCUGUUGGUUUGCCUAAGAAGCUAGAUUUCCAGCGGGGGCACUGAGUAAUUUCUUUUCUGAAAAGGAGGCGGUAGGCCAAAUGUUGGGAACCUCUGUGUUAGUGGAUCUGUACAUAUGCAUCUUUACUUCAAAGACCAAAAUAACUGUCUAAGAGUAGAUAGUAAAAACGUAAAGGGACCCCUGACCAUUAGGUCCAGUCGCGGACGACCCUGGGGUUGUAACGUUCAUCUCGCUUUACUGGCCGAGGGAGCCGGCGUACAGUUUCCGGGUCAUGCGGCCAGCAUGACUAAGCUGCUUCUGGAGACCAGAGCAGCGCACGGAAACGCUGUUUACCUUCCUGCCGGAGCAAUACCUAUUUAUCUACUUGCACUUUGACGUGCUUUCAAACUGCUAGGUGGGAAGGAGCAGGGACCGAGCAAUGGGAGCUCACCCCGUCACGGGGAUUCGAACCGCCGACCUUCUGAUCAGCAAGCCCUAGGCUCUGUGGUUUAGACCACAGCGCCACCCAUCUAGAGACAAACACUUUGAACUGUGUGGGAGAGGAGUUUUUCCCUUACCCAGGGACUCUGGAAAAAACUGCUCUGCUGGAGGAAGGAAAUGUCUGAAGACUCUGCUGGGGCUCCGUAUUCUCCUGGUUUCCACAAGUCACCAACAAUUCAGAGGGUGUUUGCACUUGUCAGGGUUGCCUAAUCCCAGAGCUCUUUUUCACUUGUGUUUCUCUCUCUCCUCUUAAGGUGGAGUACAACUUCCUCUCCCCGUACCUCUCUCCAAAAGACACUCCUCUCCGGCACAUCUUCUUUGGUUCUGGCUCCCAUACUCUCCAGGCGUUGCUGGACCACUUGGGUCUCUUGAAGACAAACAGGAGCGCCUUCAAUGAAGAUUUGUUCAGGAACCAGCUUGCUCUGGCAACCUGGACGAUCCAGAGUGCUGCUAAUGCCCUUUCUGGUGACAUCUGGAACACAGACAAUGAGUUCUGAGAAAGCUGAAAGCUACAAUUAAUUCUGAAGUACAGCAACAGGGAACCCCUUCCUUUUCAACCAGUAGCACAUAACAAAGUCCCCUUAGGCCUUCAGAGGAUUUUUAGUUGUCCAGGCUGAAACUUGAGCAAUUCCAAACAAGUUAAAAUGUCCUGACCCAGAGAACAUAGAUGUAUGUAGAUUCACCUUUUAAAAUGUGCUGGCCUCUCUAACCCAAAAUUUGAGAAGGCUGAUCUUGGGCUGAGUAAAGCAUUUCUUCCAAGAGAGGCGCACAAAGCAACCAGAGCAUUGAACUCAUAAGAAUUGUAAGGGCUCUUGGAUUCUUAUGAAUUCAACCUGACCUCCCAGACUCUUCCAGAGCAAAGUUGUCGUGUGACUUGUGAGCCUAAAAGCUCCCAUGUCUUUGAUCCUAUUAGGAAGUAUCUCCCCUGGGUACAGAAGCUCUUCCAUAGACCCCUUGGCCUCUGGGAUACAGCCAACACACCUUGACAUAAGAUCUGUCUAGCAGGGAAUUAAAAUGAAACCUUUCGCCUUCCCAAUAGGAAUUGAGAGAGUCCCAGGUGAAAUUCUCCUGUGACUUGCUCCUUUCCGUACUAAGGAAGGCCACGCCAAAGAAAUGAAGGCUAUAGUACCUUGAGUGGUCCUGUGGUACUAUUUAAAAACUAAAACAAUAACCUACGAGGAGACUGGUUGUACUCAAGCCCUUGCUGUGAGGCCUUUUCAGUAAACGAGAAGUCUCUUGGCCUAGUCUUAACUUGCAGCACUUGUUUGAGAGACUGACUCUGCAGACUUGGUAUCGAGGUAUUUAUUUAUUUAUUUAUCAGUGGCAGUGUUCACUAUAAAUGGUAUUUGUUUUUUCUACAGAAUAUAAUUAUCGGAAGCAGUGACUUCCAUAAUUAUGACAGUUAUACUGUCGUUUUUGAUAAAGCAGCAUCUGCUAGUACAAUCCAACCAUGAUAACUGGAAUUUUUGCCACCAAGCCUUCAGUGUUCUGCAACAGCACCAUCCCUUCGGAAGAUUAUUUGGGAUUCCGGAGGGUAGGGACAUCGUCUCAUCUCUUGGAGCAUGCAGUCCAAGCAGGUGAGGGGAAGUCCCGGGAGGUGUUACUCUUGCUUUUCACUCUCAGAAGAUAGAGCGAAAGCUGUGAGCUGCACCUUCUGCCUGACCCUUUCAAUGAAAAGCUUCCUUUGACUGGGUGCAACCAGUAUGUGAUGGGGAUUUCCUUCAGUAGAUCUGGAGCCCCAUCAUUUGGGAUUUCUAUCAGUCCUCUGACUCCUGGUUGUGUUUAGGCUGAUGCAAACCAUUGCAGGCUUGUGUUGAGCUGUGCUUGACUCCAACAGCAGCUCUUGUGCAGAACUUCCAGCACUGCGAUGUAUCAUGAGAACUUGGGUCACAUUAUCGGGAGCAGUGUCUCCCAUAAUGUUAAAGAACAAGGUAGUUUUUGCCUACCACAGUGUUGUAUCGGAGGCAGUGACCUCCAUAUGUUGCACUAAGGGUGUCUUAAUUAUCGGGGACAGUGUUUCCCAUAAUUUUUUUGUAAAUGCUCACCAUGCAAUAACACCUGCAGAGCAUGAUCGUUAGUAUCUAACAUGUAUAUUCAAACAUCUGCAACUGUCUGUCUUUGUCUGGUCUCACUUUGUGCUGGAUGCAAUAACUACUUUAGUGGCUCUUGCCACGCUGUGGGCAAGGCCAGGGUAGUAAUUGGCUGCCGCAACUAGUUUUAUAUUGCUGAGAACCUUGGAGACGACUGAGCAGUGGGCUUUUGCUGACUCUUGGUGAAGCCUGACCCUUCUUUCUCUUCUCUUUUGUUCAAAUCUACUUCUAAGACUUCAAGAAAAGGCUGGAUGAAUGUAUAUAAGAGUUGCUUAUGGCUAUAAAGAAAUUUGUGUUAAAAUGUGGGUGUCGGUUGGGAAUGCUUCAAGAGCUUGAGUGGAUGAUUCUGAUCAGUUGCUUGCACUGAAAUAACUGAAUCUACUGUGAUUGUUGCACUUCACUUUUUUUACUUGGCUUCUAGUACAAAAAUCUGGUUCAUACAUCUGUGGGAACAUCCCUUUAGAUAUUCCUCAGCAGAAACAAGUUGUGUAUUCUGGCUCUCCAAAGACUCAGGCUGAUAAAGAUGCUCUCCAUACUAUUCAUAAGUGCUGCUUUUAAGGCUCUUUGCUUAAAUGAGCAGCUUCCGCACACUGGGAUUUCAUGCUUUGUGCUGGAGAAAGCUUGAUGAGCUGGGCACAAGGAUGGAAAGUCAUGUGUUCUUGUAAAAUCUCUUCCACGUCGUAAUUCUGUUUACCCCAGCUUUACCCAACUUGGUAGUGCCUGCAGCUCCAGGGACUCAUGGGGAUUGUAGUUUAAAAACAGCUGGAGGGCACAAGCAGGUUGGUUAAAGCUGGUGUAGAUAAAGUCAAUUACAUUUCAAACCUUUUGUGUGUGAGAGUGAAAAAAAUCUAGCUUGGUAAUUUCCCAUGCGUGGUUUUCUUUCCUCCGUUUCAUGAGGCCUGUGAAUGCCGGGUCAUCAAAGUAGUAGCGGUCUUCCCAUAGCGCUGCAUGCAUCUUGGGUGGGUAAUAAAGCAUAGACAUAGUUACUGGGGAAAAAAUUGGACUGAAUCUCAAAUAUAUAAGCUAUGUGUAUCUCUGAAAUUUGUGUUUUGUGCUGUUGUGCUAUGAGAUUAUUUAGAGUUGGGGGUUGUAAUCUUGGUGUUAUGGCUGAUGAGAACUGCAAGACUUGACUGUCAAUAAAGAACAAGGAAGACUUGCCUGUGAAGUGGUUUAUUAAGCUACGUUAGUGGAUAUGCAGGUUCCUAGGAAGCUGCUAAUUACCGGCCUGUUCUGUAGCCUGCCCAGAAAUAAAAAGUGCAGACCAC